AUGUCAAGAUCGAGCUAUAAUGACGGCACCACUGGCCAUAGAAACUCUUACGAGCAGGCUCGUGUCGCUAUCGACCCCGAGGCCUUAUGCUGCUGCCGUCGAGCACGAAUUUCUCACAUCAUGCGGCGACGGUACUAUCACCCAUGACCGCCUAGCAUUCUGGCUGUAUCAAGACCGUUUGUACGCCGCGCACGCCUAUCCGCGGUUCAUUGGACUGCUCAUUGCAAAAAUCCCGUACUCUUCAGGGGACCGCAUCGCUUCCGCAGUGGACCGCAGGAACCAGCGUAUCCUGAAAAUGCUCACCUAUGCGCUCGAGAACGUGGAAAGGGAAGUCGCGUUCUUCGAGGAGACGUCAAGAGAAUGGGGUCUCGAUAUCGAAGGAUGGAAGGAGCGCAAGGCAACCAGAGACUACACGGCGGAGAUGCUACGCGUGGCUACUCUGGGAAGCCUCCAAGAAGGCCUGGUGUUCCUGUGGGCGAUGGAGAGGGCCUACCUCGACUCAUGGCGCUAUGUCGGCUCCGUGCUGGAUAAAUUUACCACAACGCACGCGCUCACACCGACCACGACCGCUGUGUCUAAUUUCGUGUCCAAUUGGACGAACGCCGAGUUCAUCAGGUUCGUUGAUGACCUCGCGGACCUUGUUAACGAACUAGGUAUCACCGCCGGUACCGACGCCUGGAAAAAGGCAGAGGAAGUCUGGGCUCGUGUUGUGGAGCUGGAGGAAGCUUUCUGGCCCGAGAAGGGGGAGGAGAAAACGAUGAAGUUGGUGGAUUGAGUAUCACAAGCCGCAGAGAAGGGAAGAAUUAAAAGAAGCAUAAUGAAAAUGUACCACUAUACAUUGCAGCGUAUACAAGCCGUCGUCGUAUCUUGUUUAAAUUGCAAAUUGGUCUGAUGAAGUAGCGAAAACCAUGGCACCACUCCAAUCU